AUGAUCAGCUUCGGUCUUUUGCGUCCCGGGACUGGGUUCCUGCAUUUGAACUUUGAAAGCAUGCAUCUCUUCCUCCCUGUCGUUUCCCUCCUCUUCGGUGCUGUUUCUACAGCCCAAUCGCCCGUUCCGUCUUCGACUUUUUCUAAAGUCACGGUAUUCGUUCCACCUCAGAACUAUACGGAUCCAGGCGUUUUAUAUGCUCGAACUGUCGAACUAUCACAGGGAGUACUGCUCGCCACAUGGGAGAACUACAGCCCCGAACCGCCACUUGUAUAUUUCCCCAUCUACAAGAGCGUAGAUGGAGGGCGAACGUGGAAGGAGAUCUCCAGAGUCCAAGACAAGGUCAAUAACUGGGGCCUACGCUACCAGCCGUUCCUCUACGUCCUACCAGUGAAUGUGGGAAAAUUCCCAGCUGGAACGGUUCUCAUAUCUGGAAGCGCUAUCCCCACGGACUUGAGCCUCAUCAAGAUCGAGGUCUAUGCAAGUCUUGACCAAGGCAAAACCUGGGAAUUUGUCUCGCAUGUUGCUUCGGGGGGAGCAGCCAUUCCAAAUAAUGGCGUUCCCGCUAUCUGGGAACCCUUUCUGAUGUACUACAAGGGCGAAAUCGUCCUCUAUUACUCCGAUCAGAGGGAUCCAGCCUAUGGCCAGAAGCUCGUCCACACAACAACGAAAGACUUGGUCAACUGGAGCGCCGAUGUCGACGAUGUCGUCUCGGCACGAUAUACCGAUCGCCCGGGCAUGACUACCGUAGCAUUGCUUCCCAACGGCAAAUACAUCAUGACUUACGAGUUUGGAGGAGGUCCAACUGUGACUGGAACUGCCUACCAGUUCCCGGUUAACUACCGCAUCAACGCCAACCCUCUCGACUUCAAUAGUUCUGUGAGCAUUCCUAUCUACACGAACGACAAGAUCCAGCCUUUUGGCUCUCCCUACGUCGUCUGGUCACCUACUGGGGGUGAAAACGGCACGAUCAUCGUCAGCUCUGGUACCAACAGUCAAAUCUUUGUCAACCAGGCUCUGGGUGAUGCAAGUGCGUGGAAGUCUGUGCCGACUCCAGAGGGAAUCUCUUAUACGAGACAUUUGAGGGUGCUCGAGUCAAAUCCGAAUCACCUGCUCAUCAUGGGAGGUGGGGUUCUGCCUCCGAGCACGACAAAUAGGAUUACUGUGUCUGUGAUUGACAUUGCGGAGAGUCUGAAGCAAGCUAGUUGA